AUGCUUUUUAAUGUACUAAAUCGACAUACUCGUGUUUAUUAUGGUGACAAGCAUUACUCCAAGCAGCACAAAAGUGUUCGGUCCCUAAGAAAGUUUGUUGAAUUUCUGGAUCAACGGCAUAGUUCCAUCUCGAUAUUUGGUCUUCUAUUGCACAGCUUAAUGGAAAUAACCUCCGUAGUGAUCUACAUUUGGGUGCUGCAAAUUAACCGCAGUCAGAAUAUAAAAAAAUUCACAUGGGGGACGUCGAUGUUCAAUGUGGAAGUCAUCCUUAAUAUCAUUUUCUUCCUGGAAUGGAUUUUGCUCUUCUUUCUCGAGGAAGACAAAAAACAAUACUUUUUCUCCUGGCUUUCGUUUGUGAACGUCAUGACAAGCGUUCCGAUGAUCGUAUUGGGCGUUGGAGCGAUAUUCGAUAGCAACUAUCGGCAUGGGUGGGUACCUAUGUAUCUUCGAGUGUGGUGGAUCAAUAAUUGCUUGUGCAUAUUGCUAGACUAUCCACAAAUUGUAUAUUUUAUGGUGGAUAUCUACCGUGAAACAUGUCGCUUCUUUUCGCGCCUUUUAGCAGUUAUUUUCACCUGUAUUGGGACCUUUCAGAUGGUUCAGAGCUGCACGGGAGACUACAUCGAUUUAUUCGAUUCCAGCUACCUCAUGAUUGUGACCUUCGACACUUUGGGCUAUGGGGAUACAUUCCCUAGUACAACCCCAUCACGCCUUUUAAUGACGGUUCUUGUACUCAUCGGCAUCAGCUACUUCCUUCCACUCUUCCAGCGUCUGGCGCUGAUCGGGGAAAAGCGGCAGUACUACCGAACCUACAAAUCGGGGUGGCUUCGGUCGUCGCAUAAACAUGUGGUGAUCUGUGGUGAGUUUAGUGAUCUUGGGUUCGAUAUUUUGAUUCGAAACUUCUAUUCGGGAUGGCGCAAAUACCUGAGCACGUGUAUUGUGUUUAUGUUCCCAAAAGCGUACUCCGCGGAGGUCCAACUGACCGCCAACCUGCCAUGGUAUAAGGGGCGUGUCCACCUCAUGGUUGGCGACCCCACCAAAGAGGUUGAUCUGCGCCGUGCAGGGGCGAAAUCCGCAGACGCGAUCUUUUUAUUUGGGAAUACGCGAUCUGCCGCUUAUUAUCGGGAUUACGACAUUAUCGAACAAUCCCUGGCGGUGGGUCUUUUCGACCUCGAGUUGCCCCAACUCCUCAUGCUGCGCCGCAGCCGAACGAUGAAGCAAAUCGCGCCCUACGCCGCAAGUGCGUUGGAGAUUGAGCGCACCGUGCACCACCUUCUUGGAUUAUCCAUGGUAAAUCCCGGUAUUAUCCCGUUUAUUAUUAAUUUAAUGAACACGUACGAGCCGAUGUCGCUCGAUAUGCCGCACGCCUGUCAUUGGAUCGAGCAGUACGAGUACUCGAUCCGAAAUGAUUUGUACGAUAUCGAUGUAGUGGACACCCUGCGCGGGCGUGAAUUCCGUACCUUAGCUCGCUCCUUUUUUGAAUACGACAUCACACUUAUCGGCGUCCUCGAUGCGCAUUACACAGUCAAGUUGAACCCUAUCGAAGUGAUCCCAAACGCGAAGAAGCUCCUCCUGAUCGCAAGAUCCAUGAAAGCGGUCCAUGACGCCACGGCCGCGAUCUCGAGUGAUUUCGAGCAGACCUUUGGGGAGGAAAUGUUGAUGGCUCUCAGUCCUAAUGAGCGUGCAAGGGCAAAGAAUGGAUUCAAACCUAAUUCUCAGCGCACGUACCAGGAAUGGGACUCCAAAACCCCUUCGCCCAACGAUCAAGCCAGCGAUGAUUUCGAUCAUUAUGAUCAUUGCGGUGAUACGAUGCCGUACGCAUCGAAUUUAGCGGUAGGAAAUGCCCAAAGUUCAGCGCGAAAGCCGCACUGCAACAAAAACGCCAACCUCAACAAAGAAACCGAAUGUCUGCUUCGCAUAAAUGACGCUUUUGGAUGUGAAAAGCACUUUCUGAUGAUUGAUCUGUCUUCGGCGAAAGGCAAAGAUAAUACGACGCGCUAUGCAUUAGAAAGUCACCUGGCCGCCCUUGCGCAUGACGUGUAUUCCGUCAUGCGCCCUAUUCGUCAGGUCUAUCCUCAGAGCGACAUUAUUUUGCUGACCAAUGAUGUAAGUUUUGCACCCUACUUUACCGAUGUCUGGGGGUUUAAUGAAGAAGCGGGCCCGUUGAAGUACAUUCUAGGUUGUGGCCUGAAUACGACGGAGCUGAUGCGCUGCAAUCUUCAGGAAUGUGCAGGGUGUUGUAUCUUUUUCGCGGGGGAUAUCAGCCGCGAGGGCUCAACCGCUGCGAUGUCCAUGCUGGUUGUCCUCUCAAUCCAUAAUAUCCUCAAUGGAGCACCACCCUUUCCGGUCGUGGUGGAGCUCGAAGGCCUAAUCAACCUCUCUCUUUUCCCUCCGGUCGCCGAGGAUGCUGAACUUCGGUCAAAGGCAAGGAUGGAUAUUGUAUUUGAGCCAAACUUUUUAAUUGGCAAUGCUAUCAGUCGGGAGAUGCUACUCCCAGCUCUACAGCGAACGUACUUUAUGGAGGAGUUUAUUGAUGUGAUGAAUGCAAUGAUCAAUGGGUAUGCAAACAACCAACCCACCCUAUCGCAGCUUUCACUAAGCAUGUGCGUGGUGGAGCUUGGAACCUACGAAGACGUCAUUAACUACUGUCUGAGAGCAGGCUUUUUACCCAUUGCGCUCUACCGUUGUAUUCGAGAUGCGAAAAAUCCAUCACUUGACGGGUUCCGCUAUAUCCUUACAAACCCACCGAAGUAUCUGGGCGUAGACCAGGCUGUUGAUAUCGUUUACUAUCUGAUUCCUCAAUAA